AUGAGAGCGAUUCCCUACUCUUGCCAUAUGCCAAUAUACCUUUACCUGCUGAGAAACCUUCUCGCAGAUUUUGAACCAUGGUGGCACCUCCUCAAACACUUAUGUCGUGAUCUAUUCCCACCACUACAAACAAAUUACGACCAAGAACAAGCCUCGUUCAUCAUGUUCCUCGAACCAAACUCUAGAAUGUUUCACUUCCAUUGUUCUUUAGCAACUCGUCACUUUUUCCUGGUGUCUGGAGACAAUACCAUAAGAGGUGAGCUGGAUAGACCGGAACAGAGUAGGUCUGCGUCUUUUCAUGAGCGUUUCUACCGGGACAUCCCUUUGGAAGUGAUCAAUGCGUCGACUUGUUACAGCUUCUCCAUGCGAAAUAAGAGCAUAGCACGCCGGGAUAUGCUGCGUAAAGGAGAAGGUACAAAAAACCAUGGUAACAUAUUGGUCUUUUUUCAAUCGUCUGUUAUGGUCGUGGUCGACUACGACGUAGUCUGGCCGUUUGUUCACCUUUGUAACCAGUCUCCUCCCAUAAGACCACCUUUCACUCACCCUCAUAAACCCUUUCAUCCCAACUCAUCCCCCAAGGUCACAAGCCGUACCUCAGACCCCUCACACCGCCCACCUGAUACCCUUAAUCACUCACAAUUUUCUGUUUGCCUCUCGAAUCCCAAGGGACGCCCUGGGCCGCUGUAUUCGAGUGGUUAA